AUGAGCAUUUCCCAGCACAAACCCCUGGGCAAGCAGGUCACCAGCAGCCUGCAAAUGCUGUCGCCAAUAGUGGAGUUAAACGUCGGCGGGGAGAUGUACACGACAACGCUGAGCACCUUAAAGAAACACCCCGGCUCCAAGCUCGCGGAGAUGUUCACUGGGCAGCCCAAGCUGAGGACUGACUCCGAAGGGAGGUUCUUCAUCGACAGGCCGGGGACCUAUUUCAAAUACAUCCUGGAGUACCUGCGUAGCAACCAAGUGCCCACGCAGUGCAUCCAGGACGUGUACAGGGAGGCCGUGUUCUACGACAUCGAGCCUCUCGUCAAGCAGCUGGAGGACUCCCCGCAGAUCUUCGGGGAGCUGGUGGCCAGGAAGCAAUUCCUGGCCCGGGUGCCCAGCUACAGCGAGAACAUCGAGCUGAUGAUCCGCAUCGCCCGGGCGGAGGCGGUGGCGUCGCGGCGCUCCAGCGUCAUCGUGUGCGUGGUCCGAACGGAGGAGGACGCCGCCAAGUGCCAGGACGCCUUGAACAGCUUGGACAUGGAUAAGAAAUCCGUGGUGAAAUUUGGUCCCUGGAAGGCAAGCCCGAGUAUUUCUGACCUGCUGGACUGCAUUCAAAUGGACGUGGAGGCCAAAGGGUACAAAAUAUCCUUUCAGCCCCAUGUUGCCGAAAAAGGGUUUCGCUUCAAGUCCUAUGACUUCUUCUACAAGUUCCUGUUCACCUGGUGGUAGCCAAGGGCCACCAUUGAUGGGGCAUGGAGAAAAGCAGUUUUUCUAUCAAAUUGACUUGGGCUGUGGAGA